AUGACUGUCAAACCACUGGUCCGAAUGCCGAAAAGCAAAACGUCAUCGACAGGAGUUGAGGAUGUCUUCGUCGAGGUUUACAAUUUCUCUAGAAUCCAUAGGUUUGCAGGAUUGUCUGCGCUCACUUAUACCAGAGGAAGGUUCCGAAUAUCGAUAAAAUGGUUGAUCGCGAACCUGAUUAUCAUCAGCUGUGUUCUGAUAAUAAACUUGAACACCAUAUUUACCACUCGGAAGGUUUGCUGGAUUGUCUGCGCUCACCUACUCAAGAGGAAGGUUCCGGAUAUCGAUACAAUGGUUGAUCGCGAACCUGAUAAUCAUCAGCACCAUAUUGAUUAUAAACUCGCAGACCAUUUUUACUACCCGGAAGUCGAUGUCGUAUCAAUGCUCACUAUAUUACUACUUGAACAUCGCCCUAUUGUUCAACUAUGUUUACGGCGUCGUAGCACAUUUCAUCGAAAGCAACCGGAAGAUCAACCUCCUCAACAGAUGCCUCUUCAAUAUUAG